AUGCGGGUCGCUACCGGAGCGGGGCGGGGGCCGCUUCUGGCGGGAAAGGCUUCAGCACCCGGCCCGGCUGGGACAGCGGCUCCUGUCCUGGGCCCUCCUGUGAAAGGGCGGGCUUCUCCGCGCCCCACAGGCCUGCCUUCCGCUGCAUCCGAGCCCAACGCGACCGGCCGCUGCAGACGUGGGAAUCGACAGCUACAGUUGAACUUUUUUUUUUUCCAGUGUGGGAACUUUGCUGUUUUGGUGGAUGUUCAUGUUUUGCCUCAAGGCUCCAGUAAAGACACCAGCUGGUUUUCAGAUCAUGAGAAAGAGGAGGUCUGCAUGCUGCUAGAAGAAGUUGUUGCUUCAAGGGUCAGACACUACUUGGAAGCACCUAAACAGCGUGGUCAAUGGAAAUCAGUGGAACAUGCACCCUCUGGUCCUUUGUUUCUUACUGCCAACAGUUUGCACAUUACUGCCUACUUUAUGAAGAGAUGGGUUAAUCUCCGUUGUGCUGUAGGGAAACAUUAUCGUGACCUACGUGUGUUUCCAGACAGAUUUAUAGUUUGUGUCAGUAAACUUGAAUCUAAUCCAAGUGCUUGGACAUCUGAAAAUGGUGUAUUGAAAGAAGAACUUUCCAAUGGGAUGUCUGAAUAUUUUACUGAAUCUGAUGAGAACAAGAAGCUUAAAAUUAGUCUGAGUGAACAGAAAAAGCAAGACAUCUUGAAAGAAAUUGUGAAAAGGACAGAAAUAAAGAAAAGUAGCAUGAGCAAACCUCAAUUCAGCAAGGACUCCACAAAAAUGUGUUUUGGCUCAGUGGACUUGAAGACAGGGAACAGAAAGAACGACUGUCAAACUUCUCUCAGUCCUCAAUCUGAAGUGAAAUGUAGGAGUACAGGACAGCUAAAGGACUACAUAAACACAACUGAGAGCAACUUGGAGCUUCCUGUUUUAGAGCUGGAAAAUUAUGUUAAUCGGAGACAGCCAGAUGCUGUUAGCAGCCAGCAAAAACCUCACUCUGUGGAGUGCUUGAAGUCAAGUCUUCUAAGCGAGAACCCUCCUUGUAGCUCUGAGUCAGCACUGCUAGGUCCAAAACAAAGUCAAAAAGUGACCAAAACACAGGCUCAACAAAAGAGCUGUGGUUCAGAAGAAAAGUUACAGCAUUUCAAAAAAGUAUUCUCUGAAGAGGGCCCUUUAAUGCCGAGCAAUACAGAAAUGAGUGAGUGUGGUGAUGAUUGUUUAGGUCCAUUCCUGCAGGAGAAGACCCCACUUAAUUCCGGCUUGUUUUCUAAACAAGACUCCGCAAAGACUGUGUCUGAUGAAGAGUCACUAACUUUGGGAAGAAACCUCUCCCGGCCUCUUUCUGUGAGAAACAAUAUAGUACAGACAAACAAAAAUGAGCCAAGCACCACCACUGAAGAAUUGCCUGUGAUGCCAUCAUCUUGUUUAGAACUGCAGCCUGUGUAUUCAGAGAAGCUUUCCCAAAAAAGAAAAAGAGAAGUUGAAAAUGGUCUCAGGAAGUUAAAACUGCGAAGGCUUAAGAAAUCAUAA